UCGCAGUUGAGAUUCACCCGUCGUUGAAUUCACAUCGGACCGAUUAUAUUGGGAGUUAGUCCAGUCCAGGUACAUAAACGAGAUGACAUCAGAAAGAAGUGAUGCGUAUAUAGACGAUAUAUUGGAUUUCUCUGAAUUACCAGCUUUAAACAAUGAAAAAAGUAAUAUCGUCGAAUUUUUUGCUCAGACGAACGUUUUGGUAACAGGAGGGACAGGUUUUCUGGGCAAGUUACUCAUCGAAAAAUUACUGAGAUCCUGCCCGGACAUUAAGACUUUGUACAUGGUAGUAAGAUCGAAAAAGGGGAAAAGUUCGGAGGAAAGAUUUAAAGAAGCCUUCGAUGAAGUUAUAUACGAGAGAUUGAAGCGCGAACAGCCUAAUUUCUUCAAUAAGGUGGUAAUGAUAGAAGGAGAUGCGGCAGAAGAAGAUUUUGGUUUCACACCGGAAAUUAAAGAAAUCUUAAUGAAUACCAAUAUUAUUUUCCAUGCUGCUGCAACCGUUCGAUUCGACGAGAAACUCCGUUUAGCGGUGAACAUCAAUGUGAGAAGUACAAAAUCUAUGCUGUUAUUUGCAAGGCAACUACCGAAUUUAAAGGCAUAUGUACAUGUAUCAACUGCAUACUCCCAUUGUGUACGUAAAAGUAUUGAUGAAAAACAUUAUGAUGCUCCUAUCGAAGGUGAUAAGUUGAUAUCCUUGGUGGAUAGUUUGGAUGAUGACAAACUACUAAAAAUUGGCCCUGUAUUGCUCGACCAUUGGCCCAAUAACUAUGUCGUUACUAAAGCUACUGGAGAAUAUAUGGUAUUGAAAUAUGGGGUUGGACUUCCAAUAUGUAUCGUUCGACCUUCUAUUAUCAUAUCAACAGCCAAAGAACCAAUUAUUGCAUGGACAAACAAUUUGUAUGGAGCGACAGGUGUCGUUAUGGGUACUGCUUUGGGUCUAUUACGUACCUUACACUGUAAACCAGAAGUGAAAGCAGAUAUUAUACCUGCGGAUUAUGUUGUUAAUAAUAUUGUCUCUGCUGCUUGGGGAAUUGGUAAUAGGAAAUUGCCAGAACUGGAGCAGCAAUCCAAUCUAUCUAAUGAAGACAAAAUACCUAUUUAUAAUACAGUGUCCUCGUGUCAAAGACCAAUUACUUGGGGACAAUUCUUGGAACUGAAUAAAUUUUAUGGCAUUAGUGUCCCUUCCAAAAAAGUACUUUGGUAUCAUUCGAUAAUCCUCCAAAGAAAUUUUUUUCUAUACCACAUCUAUUCUUUCUUCUUACAUUCAAUACCAGCAGUUAUUGUUGAUACAAUUGCAUAUCUCAUUGGACAAAAACCUAUACUGGUAGAUGCAUAUAGGAAAAUACAUAAAUUUAGCAAGGUAAUACAUUACUUUUCAACACAAGAGUGGGAGUUUCGAAACGAAAAUGUUAUGAAACUUUGGCAGAAACUGAAUUCUGUUGAUCGAGAAACUUUUUACUUCAAUAUGGAACACCUAGAUUGGCAUGAGUACCAUUACCAUCAUAUUAGGGGUCUUCGUAUGUACAUGUUAAAAGAUCCACUUGACACUAUAGAGGAAGGUCUCGUGAAAUACAGGAAGCUACGUAUAGCGCACUACACGAUAUUAACAAUAAUCGCACUGUUACUUCUAUGGAUGUUUGUGUCUUUUGUAAGUUUUCUUUGGUCCUUCUGCCCCUUAGCACAUUAACGGUUGAUUAUUUUAGCCCCGUAAUCUCCUCUUCAGAACGGUAAAUUAUUUCAAUGCAACUACUUCACAUAAUUAUACGCGUCCUUAUUACUGAAAACACCUGUUCAUUGUGACUAUGUGAACAUGUUUUACUAUGACGCUGAUAGAUGUCGCCACGAAUCUGUACCUUCUUGAGUAAAGUGCAUGUGUCAAGAGUUUUUAACUUUCGUUACAUCCUAUUUCACAAACGAUAAAUCUAGAGUACUUGAACUUCAAAUUCUUUUAUCAAAAUAUAUUGAAAUGUUUUAUUAUGAACUUUAUUAAUAUAGUAUAUUUAUU